AUGACGGAGACAAAGCUCAAAACGGCGCAUGUCAAUAUGAUGGCUGAUUCGCUGAUUGCGAAUCUUCCAUUGCAGGGACUACGCGUUGUGCUGCGUGGCAUGCUCGCAAGCCGACCUGAUUGCACCACAACCUUCGAGGACCAAGCCCGCAGUUACACCCGCGACAUGACGCUACCCAGUGCCGAGUCUGUCGAGACAUCCAAGGAUGCAGUCGAAUACAUCCAGAAAGCUAGGAAUCAUGUCUGCUGUAUGCUUGGGUGCGGUCUUUGCUACGAGGCACUCCCUGUUCUCCAAAGCACAGUGGAGGCCAUCGGUCGGUUUAUAGCAUUGACCGAAGGAAACCCGACAGACGAAAGUUCACUUUCGUAUCAGGUCACCCAAUUGGAUGGAGUCAUUGUUCAGGCUGUCACAGCUAUUCAGAAAUCUCUCGUCUCUUCCACAGGAUCGCGGAACCUUUCUGAAAAUGAGAGCAAGUUGCUUGAAAGACUACUUGAUAGGCUCACCAAUUGCAAGGUCGCUAGCGAAGAACAGUCACAGCUAUUUUUGCUAGAUCGAGGCCUUGAAACCGUCGAGGAUUUCCUCCACCCCGAAACCUAUGGCCAUUCUACUGUCAUUAUUAUCCCACCAUCCACCCAGGAUCUCCCUGAGAUCUCAGAAUCAUUUGCGCUGAAUGGCGUCAAUCUACCAAGAGUCUUCACUGGGCUUUGGCAACUUUCAAGCCCAGCAUGGGGCUCUGCUCCCCAGUCCAAAAUCAUGGAGCAGUUCUCCAAGUAUGUUGAAAGUGGACUCACGGCCUUCGACAUGGCAGAUCACUAUGGGGAUGCCGAAGUUAUUUUUGGACGAUACCGAUUAUCUUGUGCAUUUUCGAAAUCGAUUUUCGCCGCUACCAAAUACUGCGUGUUUCAUCCAAUGACGGUUUCACGGGAGGCAGUGGUUGCCAACAUCGAUGAACGGUGUCAGAGGCUCAAGUCGAACAGCAUUGAUCUCCUUCAGUUUCAUUGGCAACAUUAUGAGGACAGCUCAUAUAUCCAGGCCUUGAAGUACAUACAAGAGGACCCUCGCGUUAAGAAUUUGGGACUGUGCAACUUCGAUACAGAGCAUAUGCAAAAGGUCAUUGACAGCGGAGUCAAGGUAUAUACUAACCAAGUUCAGUUUUCCCUUGUCGAUUCCCGGCCAACUGUUCGCAUGGCGGAACUUUGUGAGCGACACGAUAUAAAGCUGCUGACAUAUGGAACUUUGUGUGGAGGUCUCGUGGCGGAGAGAUGGAUUGGAAAGGACGCACCUGAUCUUUAUGGCGAGACAGUCACACCCAGCCAACGGAAGUAUCUCGCAAUGAUCAACAGCUGGGGAGGUUGGGCUUUGUUCCAAGAGCUGCUGAAGACUCUUCAUUCUGUUGCCCAUAAGCAUGGUGCUUCUCUCUCGAACGUGGCCACCAGAUGGGUCUUGGACUUCCCUUACGUUGGUGCGGUCAUUGUUGGCACAAGAAUGGGUAUCAGCCAGCAAUGUGACGAGAGCCUGGCAUCGCUUGGCUGGAAAUUGGAUGCUGAUGACCAAAAGCAAAUCCAAGACAUUCUCAACCGGAGCCACAGGACUGAGAUGUUUGAGAGUCUAGGUGACUGUGGUGGUGAAUAUAGAUAG